AUGCUUGCAGAAACUUUUCUACAACAAAAAGAGGAGAUCACAAGAAUAAGAAACUAUUGUGACCAAAUUAUCCCAAGGUAUAUGCCUGAUGAAUUUAGAAGUCAUUUCAGACUUACAAGAGAUUCUUUUGAUUGCUUAUCGACGCAAAUAGGCAAUUGUGAAACGUACAACAAGCCACAUGGGCCAGAAGUUGACCCUAUUAAGGAUACUCUAAUGUUCCUAUGGUACAUAGGUAAUCUGGAGAGUUUCCGGUCAAUGGCAAAUAGGUUUGACGUAGGAAAAAUUUCCUUUCACUUGAGUAUUUCAAGAGUUGCAAGAAAAUUAGUGGACGAAAUAAUGCCAUCUGUUAUACAGUGGCCUCGUGGUGCAAAAGCCCAGGAGAUAAGUGAUGCAUUUGGAGAGAUCUCGGGACUCCUCAAUGUUCUUGGGGCAGUUGAUGGAUCGCACAUUCCUAUUAAGGCUCCCAGAGAAAAUCCUAAUGCGUAUUAUAAUAGAAAAAAGUUUCAUUCAGUGGUACUUUUAGCUACAUGUGAUGCAAAUUUGCAAUUCACAUAUGUUUGGACGGGCAAUCCAGGCAGCACCCACGAUGCGUCUGUACUCAGAUCAUCAGAAUUGUUUGUUUCCCCCAGGGUUCUAUUUACUAGGGGAUUCAGCUUUUCCACUCCUAGGCUGGCUUGUGACACCAUUUAG